GUUUUCGAUAGCCGUGUGCACUAUUUCAGUUGUGCAAUGUACCAUGUAGACGUGAACUCACAGCGUAGCCGAAGCGUAAGGACGAAGGAAGGAAAUCGAACGAUAACGGCUUUUUAUUUCCGGACAAUUGAACCGAUGGAUAUAAUUAUGAUAGUCAUUUUGUGUUAGAGAAAAUUCUUUCUCUCGGUAAGUUCAGUAGUUCAUCUCUACACUAAGAACUUAGGAAGGUAUUCGUUCAAUCCAGAUGUUGUUAGCUGGCAACAACUUAUGUAUAUAACGUACAUGAUUCGACAAGUGCACAGUUCUAUAUGCAUGGUUAGUGAAGUGUGUAGAGUGUGGUAGCUGGUUGAGGACCUUUGAGUAUGAACUUAAUUCAGUCUGAUUCAGGGAAGAGCAAGAUGGUUACUUUGGUUUUCGCGCGUGCCCUGCCUUGGUCUGCCUUAAACCAGACCGAAUGACGCUUUCAGUAGAGGCCUGAUGAAGUGCAAUUGCCCAAAACACCUGAACGUUCUUGAGCGCAGUUUACCAUAUUCACCUGCGAAGUGAUGCGAGACGAAACAUUUUAAAUUGCCCACCAACGAAGAACGACAGCUCUUGAAGAAAAAACUUCCCUGAUCUUUAAUGGUAACAAUUUUCUUCGCGAUGUGACCUUCUAGUUUCACUUAAAUUUCUGUCCUGUUAUAAACUAUCUCAUAAAUUCUUUUACUUGCUAUAUAUAUUUUGUUAACUUUUACAUCGAGUUUCAUUGGCCCUAUUGUUUCAACCUCUAGUUGCAUUCAACAAACAUUGUUUUGACCAACAGUCGUUUCUCGACCGAAUCGAUUUUGUCUUGACUUUUCAAAGGAAAUCAUUCAGGCCUGAAAUUUAUGAAUAGCGCAUUUACUCUCAAAAUGGAAUAUUAAACGCGCUCGUUGAAUGCAUGACAUAUCAUUCUUGACGAGACUGUCGACUGCACGUUCACUCGUAAAAUACUGGAGUAGAAGUUCAAUGUCAAUUAACUGUCCGUGGAGACGAAAUGGAAGAAAUCCUAAUUCCGACAGCGAGGAGGAAAAGUUUCCGAGUGCGUUUUUGGAUGCAGAAAAGAGCUCGAAUUCCUCCAAUUCAGCUAACCAUUGCAUUUUGCCGCCUUAUAUUUCGCGAAACUUCACCGCGGAAUUCUCUCCGAUCAAGGAUCAGAGGGAUGAACUGGAAAAACCAGGAAACAAACACUGCGUGUCGAUUAUGGACGAAAAUCUAUUGAAAGAUCACGAGAAGAGAAAAGUACCCGACCAUGUUCGUAAGCGAUGGAGAAAGGCAGCUAUUUGGGUGACGGCGAUUUGCAUCUUAGUUUCACUUGUCAUCACUAUUGCUUCGUUUCAGUCCGCUGGCGCCUACGACAGUUCUUCCGCUCUCGCCUUGGCAUUCGACGCUGCAAAUGCCGUCUUGUGUUCGUCAGUUGUGCUGUGGAGGUUUAAAAGCACGAAGAACGGCGAUCUGGGCCACAAAAAAGAGAGAAUAGCGUGCGUAGUGUUCGCGGUUUCGUUUAUUUUGAGCGGGAUUUUGACAACUGCAUUGUCAAUCAAGAGAAUCAUUGAAAAGGACCAUCCUACUAAAACGGUUUUUGUGGCAACCAUCCUGGGCGUCGGAUGUGUUUUGUACCUCAUGUUGGCCGCUCUCCAGUGCUACAUAUCCAGGAAGCUUCGUAGUUCAGCAAUGCUUGGCAGUGCCUUGGACUCGGGACUAUCUGCAGCGCUUAUGGUUGGCUUGCUUAUCAGUGAUUGUUGUUACAUUCUUGCUCAUACGGAUUUGUGGUAUCUGGACCAUUCCAUGGCGAUUUUAAUCUCACUAAUAUCCAUUUUAUGCGGUGCGCAAAUUCUAGCAGAAGUCUUGUUGUACAAGGCUCUUCCAAUAGAUAUGCUGCCUUAAAACUGCUACAAUAAUUUAUUACAUGUUUUUUCAAAUUACUCAGUUUUGCAAUGAAUAAUAUAAUAAUUUAUGAGAUGUUUUUCAAAUCACUCUUCAGGCAAAUUGCAAUGAAUCAUACUAUAAUUCAUGACAGGUUUGUCGAAUCACUUUUCAGGUAUAAUAAGAAUCAAGAUAUCGAGGCAGAGUCAAUGUUUUAGCGAUCCCAACCUUUGACGCUGUCGCAAGUGAAUAUGGCGGGAAUCUGUUUGGUCCACCCAAGCUCAAGUGAUAAAUAGAUUCCCGCCACAUUCACUUGAGAAAGUCGCUGUGCUUGUGAUCGCUAGAUCAUUGACUCUACUUCGGUAUCUUGUUCCUUAUUAUGUGCACUACAGAGUCGGGAAACAAUAUCUUUACUCGACUUUUUCAGGCAAAUUGCAAUGAAUAAUACAAUAAUUUAUGAGAUGUUUUUCAAACCAUUUUUCAGGUAACUUACAAAGAAAUAUUACAAUUAUUUAUGAGAUGUUUUUCAAAUCAAUUUUCAGGCAUAUUGUAAUGAAUAAUGCAAUAAUUUAUGAAAUGUUUUUAUAAACACUUUUCAGGCAAAUUGCACUUUUAUUAAAUUAAUUAAAUAGCACUAAUAUUUAUUACAUGUUUUUCAAUCGCUUUUCAGAGAAAUUGUCACUAAAUGGUCAGAGAUUUUCAUCUUAGCACCAGUACGCUUGUAGGGACUGGACUUGUUUAAUUUACUGCCAGUUGAGCACCACGUUAAUAAAAGUCUCUCGCAAAAUUGCGCCCCAGAAAUGAACGUGUCAGUGGUGACUCGUGUAGAGGGUUAAACAAGGGUUGUCUACCGUUGUCCGUCCGCUGGGGCAACGUUUCACCGGCUCCCUUUCCAUAGAUUUCGGAGCAUCACCUCCAAUCUGUCCCUGUCCCAUAUUAAUCAACUGAAGAGUUUCUCGAGAUUUUCGACGUUUUGGGAAGUCACGUGACCAGAACUAAAAAAAAGGCCUUAUUCGUAUUCUCGGUAUUAGAUUGGAACUAGCUUGCAACUGAGGCUAAU